AUGAAACUCUCUUCGAUCACGCUUUUGUGCGCUGGAUGUUUGCUGGCAGUGGUCAAUGCAGGAAAGCUCGUCUACUACAGUAAUCAAUCGCCACCAAAGCCUCUUCAAGAUACAGCUCCAACCGCCAACUAUUGGCCAAACUAUGAUGUUCUACCGAUCGAAGAAUAUGAUGUAGCUCCCUACCCUUCUGCAUGGUACCCACUGCCCUGGCAACCGGUCCCGCUUGCGCCAUUGGAAGUUGUGCCACUGCCUACCCAAACGAACAGCGUUGUUGCGGUUGAGUCACGGCAAAUUGAGUCAACGACGAUAUCGGCUGCCCAACACGAUGCCGAUGAUGCUGCUACUGCCCCGGAAGGAAGACAUCUGCACCACAAGCAUAAAAAGCACCACAAGCAUCACAAACAUCAAACCGCUUCCGUGACGUACAUCGAGCCGGAGGAAUUCCACAACGCCAAUGUUGGGCAGCUGCGGAUGACAAUCCUACAGAUCGAGCACAAGCUGCAAGAGCUGAAGCUGCAACUGUUUGGCAGCAGGACAUUGGCCUUCGAGGAUGCCGAUCGCGAUCGCGAUGAGGAAGUGGUGAACAAUUCUAACCUUCAAAUCGGCGAGGAUGUCAAAAGGUUGGAGGAGAACAAACAAUCCGUUGAUGAUCAGACGGAAGUAACAACUCCGACAUCGAUCCUUCAGGAGGAUCAUGAUGUGGGGAAAAUACUGCUGGACGAUAGUAAACCGGCAGCGGAGCUUGAGGUCGAGCAUAGGGAAAUGGAUGCCGGUCCGUUCGAUAAGGGCAGAAGCUUGACGGAAAAUGUGCAAAUGUGGUUCGAAGGGUUGGAUCUGGGUAAGAUUGCGGCGUUACCGCUGCAGGAGUCGGAAGAGCGUGAGCAUGAUGAAGAUGAAGUGGAUGUUCUGGAUGCGAUCGAUGUUCUAAGGUAG